AUGAUUCCAGAACGAUCCGGUCCAGGCGACUUAGACCCCAAAGUCAGCAUACCGCUGCAGAACAAUGCAAUCCUGGACAAACAGGAUAUUUGCUGCCUCACAUACAAUAAUCCAUAUCCUCCCAUCGCGGCACGAAAGCUCCAAGCAGUAUCAAGGUCAGCAGCAUCCAUGAAGACCAUCAAGUAUCGACACAUCCGCGAGAAAUAUGGUGGUACAUUCUCAAACUAUGCUCUAACCUCUCCAAUCGGUACCAGGAAUUGUCUUACCUGCGUUGGAGUCUACUUCCCUGUAAGCGACCAGGAGUGCUUUGUAGCGCACAUCAACGCCGCUGUCAUCCCCGAGGAUUAUCUGGACUACAAGGACGAGUAUGGAAACAACUACAUGACUCCUCGCGACUGCGAAAGUGCCGAAGAGGAAGAAGGCAUUCGGAACAUGGUCUCCGAGAAGCUUAAGCAGGCUGCUAAAGCAGGUGGCUGGAAAGCGACUGGAGUCGACAGGACCGGGGUCAUAGUGGUGUGCUCAGAAUAUGAUGGCGAAGCAAAAGUGGGCAAAGUCGUCGUUCAGGCUAUCAGAAACUUCCUGGGUAUGGGCGAUGAACUCAAGGUGCACGACCAAUGCCACGGCUUUGUGGUGGAUGUGAGCGGCGGUCCGCCUCUGCUGCUGGAGGAGAAGGACUUUCCUGGAGUGAUUGAUAUGCUGGACGAGGACGUGGAUGGGGUGUGGGAGCAGUUAGUCAACGGUGAGGUUCUUCGCUUCGAAGCCGAAGACCUUCCGGUUACCAAAGACGUUCUAGUCAAAGGCCUUCUAGUCAAAGGCGUGGGUGAUUGGGAGGUCUUCUUCAGGGAUGGGGCUAUUCCCAUGGUGAAGCGCAAGCUCUUGGUGCAAGACACAACUUGA